AUGAAACCCGUCACCUCCCUUGCGGCCCUGCGCCCCGCGACGAGCUUUCUCAGUACCAACAACAGCUUGCGCACCUGGACAAUCGCUCGAUCGUAUGCGACGCAAAAUACACAAGGACCGACGCCCCUAGGGCCAAAGAGACGAGGCGUGACACCAUUUAAUGACGACGGCUAUGUCCCCUGGACCGAGCUUUCGGUCCCAGAGAAGGCGGCUCGCGCCACGCAGCAGAGCUUCAACGUUGGACUUGUCCUCGUUGGUCUCGUGCUCACUGUCAGUACCCUAUACAAUGCGAAUAGCGCAUUUUCCUGCGCAUGUUUCCAAACUAAUUCCAAUGAUCUGUUGCAGGGAGGAGUCGGAUACCUUUUGUGGACGGACGUCUUCUCGCCAAACAGCAAAACGGUCCAGUUCAACCGAGCCAUUGACAAGAUCAAAAAGGACGAGCGAUGUCUGGAGCUUUUCGGCGAAGCAAAGAAGAUUCUCGCUCAUGGAGAAGAGACGAACAACAAGUGGCAGCGCGCGCGACCUCUAGCGUCGUCGGAGCGCGUGGAUAAGCAGGGAGUUCACCACCUGCUCUUACACUUUCACGUUGAAGGACCUCGCAACCAGGGUGUAGCGCAAGUCCAUAUGGUCAAGCCUCUCGGACACUCCGAUUACGAAUACAAGUACCUGUUUGUCGAUGUCAAAGGUCAUGGGCGAAUCUAUCUGGAGAAUUCCGAUGCGAAACGAUCCGAUUCUGGAAAGAAGUCAUUCACCCUGUUUGGGGUCAAAUGGGAUUGA